CCCUCGGCGUCCGUCCUUCGUGAGGCAGUCGCAGGCUGUCACAGCGGCUUGUUUGUUGUCAUCAAGAUGGAGUUUUUACUGGGGAAUCCUUACAGCACACCAGUGGGUCAGUGCAUAGAGAAAGCUACUGAUGGCUCUUUGCAGGGGGAAGACUGGGCUCUCAAUAUGGAGAUCUGUGAUAUCAUUAAUGAGACAGAGGAAGGACCAAAGGAUGCCAUAAGAGCACUGAAGAAGAGGCUGAAUGGGAACAGAAACUACAGAGAGGUUAUGCUCGCCCUCACGGUCCUGGAAACGUGUGUCAAAAACUGUGGUCAUCGGUUCCAUACUCUGGUGGCCAAUCGUGACUUUAUUGAUGGAGUCCUAGUGAAAAUAAUCUCUUCAAAGAAUAAUCCCCCAACUAUUGUGCAGGACAAGGUUCUGGCUUUGGUUCAAGCAUGGGCAGAUGCUUUUAGAAGUAGCCCUGACUUGACUGGAGUCGUCCAUAUUUAUGAGGAACUGAAGAGAAAAGGAAUAGAGUUUCCAAUGGCAGAUCUGGAUGCUUUGUCUCCCAUACACACUCCACAGAGGUUGUGCGCUUUGCAGAGUGUACCAGAGGUUGACCCAGCCACCAAUAUGCACAAGUCUCAGUCCCAGCAGAGGAUAAACAACGCACCCAGUUUCACAUCUUCACAACCUGCCUCCUUCAACACUCCCCAGAUGCCAGCCUUACAAGUGACUGGACCGAUCAAUGUAAACUCUGAACAGAUUGCCAGGCUGCGCAGUGAGCUUGAUAUCGUGAGAGGAAACUCCAAGGUGAUGUCUGAAAUGUUAACAGAGAUGGUGCCUGGGCAGGAGGAGCCAUCAGACCUCGAGCUUUUGCAGGAACUGAACAGAACCUGUCGAGCCAUGCAGCAAAGAAUUGUAGAGCUCAUCUCCCGAGUGUCCAAUGAGGAAGUCACUGAGGAGCUGCUGCAUGUCAACGAUGACCUCAACAAUGUGUUCCUCCGAUAUGAAAGGUUUGAAAGGUAUCGCUCGGGACGGGCCUCCCAGAACACCAAUAAUGGGGUGCUAAGUGAGGUCACAGAGGAUAAUUUGAUAGACUUGGGUCCUGGAUCUCCAGCUGUGGUGAGCCCCAUGGUGGGAUCGAAUACAGCAGCGGCGGCGGCGGCGGCAGCAGCAGCACCAGCACCAGCACCUGCCAACUUGUCCACUCAACUGGCUGGCCUUGACCUGGGAACGGAAAGUGUCAGUGGAACCCUGAGCUCGCUGCCAAACUGCAAUCCCAAGGAUGAUUUUGACAUGUUUGCACAGACACGGAGCAGCUCUUUGGCCGAUCAACGUAAAAAUGUGAAAUAUGAGGAUCCUCAAGCACUGGGUGGACUGGCAUCAGCUUUAGAUGUCCGGCAACAGAAUACCACAGGGCUGAAACACAAAGGUGGUAACGCAGACUUGGAGCCCAUAGACAGCUGGCUUAUUACCCAAGGAAUGAUCCCUGUUGCGCAGUCCUCUGUCAUGGAUGACAUUGAGGAGUGGCUGUGCACCGAUGUGAAAGGAGAUGAAGUGGAGGAGGGCGUCACGAGUGAAGAGUUUGACAAGUUCUUAGAAGAGCGGGCCAAGGCAGCAGAGAGGAUCCCCAAUUUGCCCACGCCCCCCGUCACGGAGCCCGUGGCGCCCAGCGGUGACUCCAGCAGCAGCAGCAGCAGGAGGAAGGCGGAGCGCUCGGAGGACAUGCUGUUUGCUCUGUAGCCGGGCCGCUCUGGGCCCUCCUCGUCCACCCUCGCGUGUAGGGUGCACUUCUCUCUCUCCCGACGCCAUGUCCACUUCAACUCUCCAGCAGACACAGCUAACAGUGCUGCCAUCGCUUGCUCCUCCUCACAGUUGUCAUCUCCUGGCAGUGCGCAGGAAGGUCAUCCCACAGUAACAAGAAGAACCUGAAUGAAACAAAAAAAAAAAAAUCAAUACAUAAAGAUCGAGAGUCGCUGUCACCAGGGAACUUGGGAGUUGGCACUGGUUGGAGUUUACCUUUUGCUCCUGGAACGAUGAUGCCACUCCAGCGGGUGGGCUCCUUUUGAGCUCUUGGCGUGGUGCGCUUCACCACGGACUUGUCUGCUUCCGCUUUACGUGUUUUCAUUCGCACCACAUCACACCGUAACUCAGUUUACCACCCACCAGUCCCCCCCCACCACCACGCUUGAGAAGUGGACAGCCAUUUGCCAGGUGGGCUGCACCUACUCUGGUUUGACUUGUGUGUGUGUGUGUGUGUGUGAGUGUGUGUGCACGCCUAGAGGGGUCUCCUCUGGGUGAGCAGCGAUAUGGAGGGAUGUCAAACAGAGGAGAUUUAUUAUUUUCUUUCAUUAGGGUUAUUGAAUGGCUGGGGGUGGAGGGGAGAGGCGUGAUGGUUGGUGGCAUCGAAAUGCGUUUACGAAGAGCUGAGAUUAAGUCAAGUGUAGGGAUGGGGGGGGCGGGGUGACACUCAUGGCAACAGUCCUGGAAAUGAGACGACAGUGAAAGAGGUUGGCGGGGUGGGGUGAGGUGGGUGCUUGCAAGUGCAAUAAGAUUGGCACAGAAGUGAAAGAGAUAUGGAGUGGGCACCAUUUGGAGGAUUGGCGUGAAUGUUCUGUGUGGGUGGGUGGGUAUUGUGUUCAGAGGGUGCAGUUGGAGUGGUAAACGCUCAGUAAGGCUGACCCGAGUGUGAUGUGUUUGUGAUGGACGUUCUCACUUUUAAAAAGUGGCCCCCUGUGCGAUCCCCUGGCACCACGUAUGGCUUGCUUCUCGUCAAAUGCACUUUAAAGCCGUCAUUGUAGAGGAACUCGUUGAUUUUUGAGGAUCAUCUGUCCCUAUAGCAACAGCACACAGCCAGUGUUUGAGAAGAAGGGCACUUUAGUGAAGCACAUGCCAGAGUCCCAGUUCUGCUUAUGCCUGGAUGCUCAGGUUGGCACAGCUGUAGGGGUCUGCAGUAGUAGAAUAGCGCGAGAAGGAACCUGAUGUGAAGCCCUGUGCCAGCUUCUGGGUGGGCACAUCACCGAUGACGAGGCCACAUUUUCAGUGACCACCAGCCCGGUUCAUCCAUACUUCCUAGGAUUUAGUUGAGUGGAGCCAUUAAUUAGGUGCCCACCUCUGACCUCAAAGUCAGUCCAGCGCGCCCAACCCCCCCCCGCUCAUACGGUAUAAAUAUGAGGUUUUUUUUUUUUUAAUUAUUUUAUUUUAAAAGAUAGAGCCAUGGAUUGUAACUUUUUUUUCGUGGGGGUCUGGCCUACACCUUGUACCCUGACACUAACAAUAGCAGUUUUUGUUCCUUGACCAGUGUUUAUUAUUUUUUAAGUUGAUGCCACCACAUCCUUGCCCAGUUUAGUUGGGAGGUGGGCAUUAGAUUUACACGCUUCAAGCCUUUGAAAACUUUGAAAUGAAGCUGCGCCCCCCUGAACCCCCCGCUGACUUUAGUGUUGGUCCAUCGAACUACUUUUAUGUGUGUGUGUGUGUUUGCGUGUAUACACCCCACCAUGUUCACGUCAUUGUUUCCUCGCCAGGACACCCCCGGCACACGAGGUUGACCGACCCUUUUGCCGAGUGCCAGCUCCAGCUGCCAACGUAGCUGUAGGUUCACACAAGGCUGUGACGUCACCUCAGCCGGGGCCGAGAUCUUGUAGUGACCCGUGUAGCUCUCUUAUGUUCUGUUUUUUUGAGAUCUCAGACUUUGGCCGAUUUCAGGGCUGAACGGGCGGCCCUGCCACUCUACGUGUGUCGCCUCAGAUACAGAAUCCAGCCUCUGUAUUGUUCGGUUCCUGCAUGUGUUCUGCUCCAAUAAAACACUACCAGUGUGA